AAUAAACCCACCAAUCUUUUUUCCAUGCCAUCAGCAUAUGAAGCAUCUUCCUUGACAGCCCUUCUCAUUCAAAAAUGCACCACUACAACCUCACUGAAAAAAGCGCGUCAGCUGCACGCUAUCAUCCUCACUUCCACAACCCUCUCCGCUCAAUCCCCAUAUGUACACAACAACCUCCUCUCUAUGUAUGGACGAUGCAGGUCCCUUGGCGAUUCACAGCUUGUGUUCGACAAAAUGCCUCAAAGAAAUAUUGUUUCUUUCAAUGCACUUAUUGCAGCCUAUUCUAGAACUCCUUGUCAUGCAAUUUUCUCCUUCAAAUUACUUGCCCAAAUGGAAAUUGAAGACCUCAGACCGAAUGGUUCGACAUUCACGAGCCUGCUACAAGGGUCUUCUUCAUUGGAAGAUCAGUUUAUAGGGUCUGAGCUUCAUGCCCGGGUUGUAAAGUCAGGUUUCUUGAAUGAUGUACGCGUUCAAACCUCUGUGCUUGGAAUGUAUUCAAACUGUGGGGAUCAGGAAUCCGCUGAGAAAGUGUUUGGAGAUAUCAUUGAUAAAGAUGUCGUUGCUUGGAAUUCUAUAAUCUUUGGGAAUUUGAAAAAUGAGAGGAUAAGGAAAGGCCUUCAUGUUUUUGGCAGCAUGGUAAGGAAUGGUGUAAUUCCUACCCAAUACACAUACUCAAUGGUCUUGAACGCCUGCAGUAGAUUGGGAAAUGAUGAUUGUGGGCAAGCCAUACAUGCCCGCAUGAUCAUAUUCAGUACUGUAGCUGAUCUACCUUUGCAGAAUGCGCUGCUCGACAUGUAUUGCAGUUGUGGUGACGUGCAAACGGCAUUUACAAUUUUUUGUAGAAUUGAGAACCCAGAUUUAGUUUCUUGGAACUCAAUGAUGGCAGGGUAUUCAAAGAAGGGAGAUGGAGAGAAGGCUAUUGAUAUGUUUGUCCAAUUGCUUAGAAUAUCUUUUGCUGAACCAGAUGAACAUACUUUUGCUGCCAUCAUUUCUGCAACUGGAGCAUUACUAGCUUCUGAUUAUGGGAAACCUCUCCAUGCCCAAGUUAUGAAAGCAGGAUUUGAGAGGAGUGUCUACAUUGGAAGUACCCUGGUUUCCAUGUAUUUCAAAAAUGAUGAAACUGACUCUGCUCAAAAGGUUUUCAGUUUGAUUCCAGAGAAGGAUGUAGUUCUCUGGACAGAAAUGAUCACAGCUCAUUCUAGAAUGGGUGAUGGAGAGACUGCUGUUAAGUUCUUCUAUGCAAUGCGUCAAGAAGGCCAUAAGAUUGAUAGUUUUGUACUCAGUGGAGUUUUGAGUGUGUGUGCCGAUCUUGCAACUCUCAAGCAGGGUGAGAUGAUUCAUUCUCUCACUUUAAGAACCGGGUAUGAUGUUGAAAUGUCAGUUUGCGGGAGUCUGGUAGAUAUGUAUGCGAAAAAUGGUAAUCUUCAAGCUGCUCAGUCGAUAUUUUCCCUAGUCAAAAACCCUGAUUUGAAGUGCUGGAAUUCAAUGCUCGGAGGUUAUAGCCACCAUGGAAGGGCAGAAGAAGCUUUGAAGCUGUUUGAUGAGAUUCUAAAUCACAACAUAAGACCUGAUCAUGUGACAUUUGUAUCUCUGCUUGCAGCAUGUAGUCAUUGUGGCUUAGUCGGACAAGGAAAGUUUCUAUGGAACUAUAUGAUGGAGAUGGGCUUAUUGCCAGGGCCAAAGCACUAUUCUUGCAUGGUAAGUUUGUUAAGUCGAGCAGGAUUGUUAGAGGAGGCUGAGGAAACUAUCAUCGAAUCACCGUUUAGAGAAGAUUAUUUAGAACUAUGGAGAACUUUGCUAAGUUCGUGUAUCAGUAAUAAAAAUUUAAGAAUAGGAGUUCAUGCUGCAGAGCAAGUUCUAAGCUUAGAUGCAGAAGACAGUGCCACCCACACAUUGCUUUCAAAUCUUUAUGCGGCUGCAGGGAGGUGGGAUUCUGUAGCUAAAAUAAGGAGAAAGAUAAGAGGAUUGAUGUUGGAAAAGGACCCUGGGCUAAGCUGGAUUGAGGUGAUGAACGACAUUCAAGUAUUCUCUUCAGGCGAUCAAUCACACCCAAGAGUUGAUGAAGCCCAACAUGAACUACGCAGACUACAAGGAAACAUGAUAAGAUCAGAAAUAGAUGAAUUUGAUACAAGGGUUUGUGAUAUAUAAGGUAGACUAUAGAGACUGGAAAACAGGAAAGAAAGUUGAAGGUUCAACACUGGGCAUGAGGACUGGAGAUGGCCGAGGGCACCAAGGCUCUAUUACAGCAGGCUUGUGUCGGUCAAGCCCAACCAAGCAAUUAUUUUCGAAAUUUGAAAAUUGUUGUGAUAUUUUG